CUCACCUGCCCGGCUCCGCCAUGGCCCGCCGCCUGGCCGCCCUGCUCCUGCUUCUGGCCCUCGGCUGCCUGCUGGGCGUCCUCCUCCUCCUCCUCGGCUCUGGGGACACACGGGGCCCGCCGGGCUUCAAGUACGGCAUCGUGCUGGACGCUGGGUCCUCCCACACCGCCAUGUUCAUCUACAAGUGGCCUGCAGACAAGGAGAAUGACACCGGGGUGGUCAGCGAGCACAGCAUGUGCGAUGUGGAGGGUCCUGGCAUCUCCAGCUACAGCUCAAACCCUCUGGCAGCUGGGACAAGCUUGGAGCACUGCCUGAGCCAGGCCCUGAGAGAUGUGCCCAAGGAGAAGCAUGCAGGCACCCCACUUUACCUGGGUGCCACGGCUGGCAUGCGUCUGCUCAACAUUGCGGACCCGCAGGCGUCGGACGCUGUCCUCAGAGCUGUAGCAGCCACACUGAAGACACACCCCUUUGAUUUCCGGGGAGCAAAGAUCCUGUCAGGGGAAGAGGAAGGGGUCUUUGGCUGGGUCACUGCCAACUAUCUCCUGGAGAACUUCAUCAAGCGUGGAUGGCUCGGAGAAUGGAUCCAGCCUCAGAAGAAGACCCUGGGGGCCAUGGACUUUGGAGGUGCUUCCACACAGAUCACCUUUGAAACCAGGGACACGAUUGAAAACCCCAGAAAUGAGGUGAUGCUGAAACUGUAUGGCCAGGCAUACAAAGUGUACACACACAGCUUCCUCUGCUAUGGGAGGGACCAGGUCCUCAAGAGGCUGCUCUCCAAGUUCCUCCAGGCUGAGCGCUACCAAGAAACUGUCUUCCAUUCCUGCUGGCCUAUGGGCUACAACAAGAGCCUGUUGCUGAGCAGCAUCUAUGACAGCCCCUGCACGGAGAAGGAGAGACCAAGCCUUGCCCUCAACACCACCGUUACCUUGGUUGGCACUGGGAAUGGGAACCUCUGCACUCUGCAUGUCAGCAAGCUCUUUGACUUCACCAACUGCUCCUUCUCCCACUGCUCCUUUGAUGGUGUUUUCCAGCCGAAGGUUUCAGGAAGCUUCAUUGCCUUCUCUGCCUUCUUCUACACCGUGGAUUUCAUACAGACUGUGAUGGGAAGACCCGUGCACCUGCCCAGCGACCUGAAGGAUGCUGCAGAGACCAUCUGUGCCACCAGCUGGAGUGAGCUGCUCCUGAAAGCCCCAAAGCUGGAGAAGAGGCUGCCAGAUUACUGUGCCAUCAGCACAUUUGUGUAUUUGCUCACCACCAAAGGCUACAGCUUCAACAACCACUCCUUCCCCAACAUUGCCUUCCAGAAGAAGGCAGGAGAAACCUCCAUUGGCUGGGCCCUGGGCUACAUGCUGAACCUCACCAACAUGAUCCCAGCAGAGAAGCCCUCCUCCCACAAGAGCAUGCUGUAUAAUUACUGGGUCAUCCUCAUCCUGCUCUUCGUGGUCACCACCCUGACAUCCCUGGUGACUGCUAUCUGCCUGCUCCGGCACAGCAAGUCCAGCAUAAUCUGAUGGCAGGGACAGGGUAGGCCGUAACUGCAGGACCAGCACCAUCCUACCUGCUGGAGGCUCCAUGCUCUGAAUGCUUGGGAUGUGGCAAGUGCUCAAUGUCCUCCUCCAAAACCUGACACCAUCCCAGAAGAUUAGCUGUGUCCUUUCGCCUUCCCUUUGCCCUCUAGCUGCGGGAAAGGAAGAAGAGGAACACUGGCCCUGUGGGAGAAGGGCUUAAAUGUUUCCCUGCACUACUCAGGGAUGGACCCUGAAGCAGGCUUGGAAAUGGGACAUUCAGAGCUAGGGCAUCUUUCUGCCACCAGAGCUGAGCUGAACUGAGCCAAUGAGCCGAAGCAACAAGAGGAUUAAUUUACAUGUGUAUGUGUAUGAAUGGGGAACAUUACUUACACUAGUCCUUACAGCCAACCGCGAACCUUGCUAGCCUGUCCCUGGAGCAUCAGCCCUGCCUCCUGGGGAGCUCUGGGCAUCACCUGAAGCUCACGUCUUUCUGCCUGAUGUACAAACCCCAGUGACCUUCCUGAAGGUAAGGUCUUUUCCUUGGCCAUCGGCCUCAGCUUUGGGUAAGGACUUAGCAACAACCACAUGUGGGAAGAUGGCAGCUUACAGGUCCCACUUCAACAACCAGACAUAAUGCCUUCACUACCCCCAUGGUUCCUAUGCUAGACUUGUCUUUGCCACAUUCAAAGACUCCUGCACACCCCGGUUCCUGCUGCCCUGUGGUACAUGGCCAUGCUGGCACAGAGCCAACAGGCUCCCACACUGUGGGGCUUUGCUCUGCACUGAGAUUUGAGCCUGGCAUCACCCCACACCAGGCAGCUAGGAGGAUGCACCUUCUUUUCCAGUUGAGUAAGAACAGGGAUGUACAAACAUGAAGAAGGUUUGGUUUUGCUUGAUUUUUAAAAAUAAUCUGAAAUAAACCUUUGUAACCACUACAA